UAUAACGCAAUCAUUUAGACUUUGCUCGAAAAAAACAAAUGUCAAAUAAUUUUCCUCACCGCUUACAUUUUUAAACAAUUAAAGUCAGAAGUUAAAGAAUACCGAGUUAAUAACAUUGAAGAACUCUUUUUUAAAUUUAACAAGGAAUUGCAUUACAACUACAAUUCGUAAAGGAUUAACGAGAACAGAUAAGACAAUGAAGACAGCUGUGAAUUUAAAAACCCCAACAAUCGACAUUAACGAAGUUUCCAGAUACAAGGAAGUUAGCGAUAUUUGGUGGAAUACCUCGGGAAAAGUAAGAGGACUUCAUUCGCUAAAUAGAAUCCGAGUACCACUUGUUACUGACGCAAUAGUGAAGAAUGGACACAAAAUAUCUGAUCCUUCUCAACCUCUGAAGGGAAUUUCGAUCAUAGAUGUGGGUUGUGGUGGUGGAAUUCUAACAGAAGCUUUAGCUCGUACAGGUGCUACUAUGACAGGGAUUGAUCCCUCACUGGAAUUGAUUAUGGUUGCAAAAGAACACGCUUCACUAGAUUCUUCUCUAUCAAAGAAUUUAAAUUAUAUUCAAACUUCAGUUGACGAACUUGUUCAAACAAAUACAAAAAAAUAUGACGCUGUUGUUUCUUCCGAGGUUUUGGAACACGUCAUGGAUCAAGAAAUGUUUAUUAAAUACUGUACAGAAUUAUUGAGACCUGGUGGAGUAAUCAUUUUGACGACAAUAAAUAAGACUUUCAUUUCUUGGUUCUGGGGAAUAAUUGUAGCCGAAUAUAUUUUAAAAUUUAUACCAAAAGGAACUCACGAUUGGAAUAAAUUUAUUUCACCAAGUGAUACACAAGGAUUAUUGAAAAAGUAUAAUUGCGAAACUACGUCACUUCAAGGAAUGGUUUAUAAUCCAUUGAAGAAUGUGUGGAACUGGUCGUCAUGGACUUCCAUUUUUUACGCGAUUCAAGCGAUUAAAAAAGUGGAUUAGUAUAGAUUUAAUAAAAAAUAUUACAGAGGUCACAGUUUGUUACCUAUUCACUUUUCUGGGUGUAUUUACGAUAAGCCCAACUCUCGGAUUUACGUGCAACUCCGUAUGGGUCAAAAUUCAAAAUGGCGGAUCCAAUCUGGCGGACAUAUACUGUUCUACGCCAUUUCUCAAUUUAGUUCGAUACCUAAUUUUGAAUUAAUUAUAAUUCUUAUUCAUUCUUGUUUGAUUGAAAAUUGUAUUAAAAUAAAUAUAAUAAUAAUAACUUUUAGAAAUUCUAACAAAUAAACAUUCGAACUAUUUAUAA